AUGCAUCAACAUCCACGGUCCCCAGCACCGCAGACGGGGCCCAAUAUCCCCAGACUGACAGCUCGGGACGACCGAGACGACACCGCCCCAAGCUCCCCAACCGUCGAGAUGGGCUCUCACUCGGCCAGGGGGCUGGGAAUAGAACCGGGAUCGCAGUCUUCCGAACAAGCGAGGAAUGCGGCGGUGGGCAAGGAGGCCCUCACCCGAUUAAACCAGAUAAUCUCGAAUUACCACACAAAGGCCGCUUUGAUUAUCCUGCACGCUCGUGUCGCACUGCCUCAAUCCUUCAACAAAGGCUCCGACUCCCCGAGAGUUAACCGCUGGUUUAAUGUCGAGCUAGACGACACAGAUAUCCUUCGAGAACCCCUGCGACCAUGGCGAACCUGCGACGCCACGGAUAAUCGGCCUCCGCCCCUUGUUAUCGAAACAUACCUAGAUACCAAGGGUCUGACAAAUAACCAGAGCUUGGUGAUUUUGGACGAGAACGGGAAGCGAUGGGAUGUGCGUGAGUCGCUCUUGGCUCUUCAGGGCACCCGUGCAAAGCCACACCAGUCGGGGAACGAGGAGAUCGUCUUGGAGCGAUGGAGGAUCGAGCUGGGAGAGGCGACAAGUAGGCCUCCGUCUGACUUGGGAUCCAUCUUGCCCACGGUAUAUAAGAAAAGUAUUGUGCUUUUCCGGUCUCUAUUCACAUACUCCAAGUUCUUGCCUGCAUGGAGAUUCUGCAAACGCAAUAAGACAUUGCGGCAAAGUCCAGCUCUUCAGAUCAAGUACCGCGUUAUGGAUGGAAGCACUUCUCGCGGCGGUUUCUCUUUGGAUAAUUUAACGGCGCCGUUGAGUGAAGGAAAUGAAAAGGUGGUAGACACAUACAGCUUUGGGGUCACAGAGUCACCUGCGGGUCCCUUCACGGUUCAAGUCACCUAUCGCACAAACUGCGACUUCCGUGUUGAUGAUUCAGAGGCGUUGUUGAGUUCUCGGUUCAUGGGCGCUGACGAUGAGAUCUUCCGUCCAUCGUUGCCCUCAGAAGAUAUCAACCGCCUAAAUCCAGAAGUUGGAUCUGUGCCGGUGGAGAGAAGGACUAUGGAGAAUCCAGAUGUCACGCGUGCCUACGGAAGUCUCUCGACGUUCCAUCAGGUUGGUCCAGCGACAGGUGCAAGCCCUAUUUCAGCGCUUCGUGCUCUCAGAGAUUCAGGUGCGGGCUCUCCUUCUCCGACAGAAUCACACAAGAAACUUCUACCUUCUGGCAAGCCUGUUCCAUCUGGACGCGCUGCCCAAAUCGUUGGCGAAACUGGAAGUUCCAACUUCCAACGUCGUCCUUCGAUAUCAUUCCAGCCCUUCAAAGCUCCCCCUCUUUCUGCUUCCCCAGCUUUAGCGGACUCUCCCUUAGGAGUAUCUCCUCGCAACGUGUCUUCACGCAUUCCCACAGGUACAUCUGCCGAUUCGCGCUUCAUGCCGCCUCCCUCUUCUGCCGCAUCGGCACGCAGACCCAUCACCAUUGCCUCCGAACAAGCUAUAUCAUCCUCUAAUUCUGCGUCCCCCAAGCCUGCGCCUCUUUCUCGAUACAGCAGUUCCUUCAGUCACCGACGAGGUCGCCUCUCUGCGGGAGCAAACCGAAUCGACGAUGACAAUAUCUCGAGCGGUAGAGCAAGUGCUACAUCGUCUAAUGCACAGCCCGGCUCGGGCCUGCUUGCAGAAGCUACCGGGACGAGUGCGGAGUCCAUUCACGCAGAUGAUGAGAACAUCUCUGAUUUCCUGAAAAUGCUGGAUUCGAAGAAGGAUCUUAUGAAUACGUCCACCACUGCGUCUACCCAGGCUGGAGCUCGUCAACCAAAUCCCACUGCUACUGCGCUUGCGCGCUUCCGUGGGAUGCGAGAUUCCAAUGCCGCUCUGUCUGACUCAAUGUCACAAUCUAUGCAUCUACAUCGCUCCUCAAUGUCCUCGAGCAAGCAACUGUCAGGGGUUCCACCCAUGGUUGUAGGUACCUCGAUCUCCACAGCCUCCUCUCCAGGAAAACCCAUAUCCCCUCACACGCCUCAUACGCCUCAUACCCCGGCAAUACGCUCUCGUCUCAGCUCAAAUAGUGUUGCCGAUGACAUCGACAUCGAUCACCGUCCAAGAAUCCCUCGCAUUGAACACGACUCGCCAUUGGAAGAACACCCAAGCAUGGAAAGCACGCGCGGCCCCUCUUCAACCGCAGGCGCCAUUGAUAUCCCUACAUCCCCACGAAUUUUCAACCCCGCCUACCGGCGCUCAAGCUCCGCAGCCCAGCGCCGACCACCCGUCACAAGCGACGACGACGAGAUCUUCCCCUUCGGCCUACGUAGCCUAAGUCUUGGCGCCGAUGAACCCCCAACUACAAGCCAAGCCGCCGAACAACAACGGAACACGUCCCAAAAAGAUCACCAAUUACCAACAGAGGACCAAAGCGGCGCAUCUGGAUCUGCAACAGGCCCAUACCGAGACAGCUCAUCCCUCCGCAAUCAGAUGCCCAGUGCAGCUGGCGCCUCUGCCUCUUCCAACCCCCACGUCUACCAGCCCCGCUUCGCCAGCUCCCGCGGCCGCGGCUACUCAGGCGGCCACUCCCUCAGCUCAGCGUCCAGCAGCCUAGCCCGCGGCAACCUCGCACACCUAGCAGAGCGUGACGAUAGGGACGGGAACGCCAGCGGAAGCAACAGCGGCAAUUCGACGCUGGAAAUCCGCCGCGGCAGCGGCCAACGGCCCGGUGCGGGCCGCACGCUGUCUGCGCAGGCCCCUGAAGACGACGAGCCGCUGCUUUUUGCUAUGAGUGAUUUUGGCGCUUCCCGGCGUAGCCUGGAGGAAGGGAGACAUAAUCAUGGUGGCGCGGACUCCACUGGUGGGUCGAGGCGUGGUAGUGGACGACGGGGAGCUGGGCUUCCUGGGUUCCAUGCUUGGGCUUGA